GGGCUUGAAAUGGCAGUGUCCCACUGCCUCGCCGUGGCCACAGAAUGGAAAUCUGCAGAUGUCCCUUCAGUUACCUGAUCUCUUUCCUCCUUUUCCUGUUCCAUUCAGAGACAGCCUGCCAUCCCCUGGGGAAGAGGCAUUGCAGGAUGCAAGCCUUCAGAAUCUGGGAUGUUAACCAGAAGACCUUCUACCUAAGGAAUAACCAAUUAGUUGCUGGAUACUUGCAAGGACCAAAUUCCAAAUUAGAAGAAAAGUUAAACGUGGUACCCGUCGAGCCUGGUGCCCUGUUCCUGGGGAUCCAAGGGGGAAAGCUCUGCCUGGCCUGUGUCGGGUCUGGUGACGAGACCAGGCUCCAGCUGGAGGCAGUUAACAUCACUGACCUGAGCAAGAACAAGGAGCAAGAUAAGCGCUUCGCCUUCAUCCGCUCAGACAGCGGCCUCAUCACCAGCUUCGAGUCUGCUGCCUGCCCCGGCUGGUUCCUCUGCACAUCCCUGGAGGCCGACCGGCCCGUCAGCCUCACCAACAUGCCCAAAGAGGACAUGAUGGUCACCAAGUUCUACUUCCAGCCAGACCGUUAGUGUGUCUGUACCUCACUUCCCCCACUCCCAUCAAUGACUCCAGAAACGUGUCUCCACCCUGCCUGUGGUCUCCUGGCUGUUGUGGGCCUCUGAGGAGCAGCCUUGGUGGGGUGGAGCCUCCAAAGGACGUGCAAGAGCCUUGCUAACAGGCCUCCGUCAGCAGCCUCCUCAGCUAACCAACCUCCAUGCUGCCUUCACAGCGGUCUUUCUAAAGUCCAGCUUGAGCCACAGCACUGCUCCAAGCCUUUCAGUGCUGCCUGUGGCUUCCGGACAAAAGCCAGGCGCCUCGGCCAGCUGGGCCCUCUGCUCUCCUCUCCCGGACCCCUCACCCUCCUGCCUUGCCCUGGUGUCCACGUCCCGGAUCCCUCCUGCCACUCACUGGCCUGCCCAACCUUGUUUUGCAAGCUGAUGCUGUCCCGUGGGGAAAACUUUCAGAGUCUGUGGUAAGACAGAAGAUACGGAUUUCAUCUUUCUUUUAUGCCAAUUGUGUCCAAUUUGAAGGCAAGUCCUUUAUGUGGAGACUGUCCUUUCUGGGAGGGGGUAGGGGAGGGUGAAAGCACGUCUCUCGUUUAUUCCCCUGUCUUAUUUUUGUAACACCUUAACCUAAGAAAAUCAAAAGUCGGCAUAUUUUGUUGGUUCCCGCUAUUUUUCUUCCUGUAAUGUUCCUGAAGUCUGGAGCCCACUGACCAGGCCCCGGAACCAUCUCUACUCCAGAACUUCCACAGCUGCGCACUGUGCUUUCCUCCUCGACCCCUCCAUCCAAAGCUCCCAGCCCCCAGGGCGCAGUGCAGAAGCUGCCGCCCUGGUGUUCUUUCCAGGCCUCCUGGGAGGGAGGACUUGUUCUUGGACCAUGUGAGCACUUCUGACAUUCUGACACUUUGUUGAAAGAUGGUUGAGCCUCUCUCUGUCUCCUGCACUAGACUAUGAGCUCCCGAGAGCAGGGAGCAUGGUCUGUGUGUGUUUCAGGUCCCCACGGGGCUGAGCACACGGCCUGGCCCUUAGCAGGUGCUCAGUGACUAUGUGUUGUCCAUGUUAAGUGGAAAGUUUUCUACUCCCUGUGACCUAAGCUCUGUUUUACAAUAAAAUCUUGAGAACUCA